GGUUAACAUUUGUUUUGGAUGGCUCUUUGCGUGCAGUCCAUUCGUGACGAUGAAGACAUCCCGAGGCGCGAGGGGUGCAAGCAAGGGGAGGAGUGCAAGAAGAACCGGCACAGUGUCUUCUCGGGGGCAGCCGGCGUGCUCCGAAGGGGUUGUGCAGCAAAGGCGGCCACCGGAGCAGGAUGAUUUUCCCCAAAUGGGAGAAGGAGAUGAGGAUGAAUAUGUUUUAGAAGACGGAGAGUUCGUGGCAAGAGAAGGCGUAAGAGAGGAAGAGGAAGGAGAGGGAGAGGAAGGAGAGGGAGAAGAAGAGGAAGAGCAAGGAGUAGAAGAAGAGGAAGAAGAAGAGGAAGAGGACGAGGAAGAAGAUCCAAUGGAGGAGGACGGCAGCUGGCAGAGAGAGUUCCUCGAGUCGAGGCCCGUUCGCAGCGACUUCAAGUACUUCUUUUGGGCCGUGUAUGUCACAGUUGGAUUAGCUUAUCUUCACGUCAAGACCAGCGGCAACGGUGUCUAUGCACGAAUCGGCGAAAUUUUAUUUGCAGCGCACGUGACUGAAAAAUAUCUCAUCGCGGAGUUGUGGGUCGUUAUCAAGGGCAAGCUCACGAAAUGUCUGUUGAAGGGGGAUAAAUUAAUGCCCAUGAAGUUGCCCAUCCAAAACAAGAGGUUGUUGGCAUUAAACAAGACUGGUUGCAUGUGUGUUUUCAAGCCCCAAGAGAUUUGGGAGCUCAUGUGUAAGAUCAUGAGCAUGUGGCAGAAGGGCGAGGCCAAAGGCCAAAAACUGAAGCCGGCUGCGAGGAGCUUCUUGAAAGCAGACCAGGAUCUGGAACCGAGCGAGUCCGAGGACGCGAAGAAAAGCCAGCAUGGGAAGAGGCUUGAUAGGGCGGCUGCGAAGGAACAAGAAAUGGCGCUUCUUUAUCCACGGGUGCAACUGCAGGGUAACAAGGUCCCCAUGGUCGCCGAGGACAUGCCAGCGCAACACAGGAUAGCCAUGGGUAGUAUGGCUCCAGAGAACGCCGUCCCUAUCCUCCUUGAGGUCAUUGCGAAGCAGAUCUCGCUUAAGGAGAUGGAGAAGAAGUUCCAACUUGUCAAGCAAAUCGCCUACGUCUGCAAGGCAUUCGCAGUGGGGGUGGGCGCUGCUGACUUCAAGGACGCCGAAAAGGAGUAUCCUCUCCACACAAAGAAAGAGAUUUUGGAGAAGUUCGUUGGUGGCAUCAGAAGGGGUCAGACGAGUAUCCCCGCACUGGAUGGCAAUAUUAAACGGGCCAUUGAAUGGAAGAACAAGGAGAGGAGACUGCAAGCGAAGAACGCUAUUCACGCGUUCCGUACAAAACCUCUCGUGGAACCGUUCGUCGAGUGGACGAAGGUGACACACGACAACGACUCGGCGGAAGUGAAAAUUAUCAAUGGCGACAUGCGCUUGUUGUCGAAGCUGCAAACAGAAAAGUUGCCGAUAUCUCUGGCUAUUUUCGACUUCCCUUACGGGUUCGCGCACGAGGGCCACGCAUCUGAUAAUGAGUCGUUUCCGGAGUCGGACGUUGUGGAGAUUCUUCACAAUCCGAAGGACGUUUCCAGUGCCCCGUUGUGGACAGUUGCGGGAUUCUGUUCCGUGGACAUGCUUCCUUCCAUCCGUUCCGCGUUCCGGGAGGUUUGCAAUGCAGGGCAGAAACUUUUGACGUGGUGCAAGCCUAAUGUCGGGUGGGCCGCGGCUUGUGAGUGCGACCGAAUUCUGCGUGCUCGGCUACUACAGUGAGAGUGGGCGGUGCGAGAUGGCGCAUUGCAAUUUUGAUCCCACUGAUAUGCGUCACAAUUUCCAGCUCUUCAAUGCUGUGACGCAGAAGUACCAGUACCCUGGUGGCGGUGUUCUCUGCCCGUACCAGAAGCCGUAUACUUUGUACUCCUGGCUUGUGAACAAAUUCUCUCCCGCAGGGGCCUGCGUUCUGGAUGGUUUCUCCGGUUCCGGCACAUGCGCCAUAGCGUGCGUUAAGGCAAAUCGGAAUUGCCUUGUGGUGGAGAUAAACACCAAGUGCGCUA